CAUCAACACGGUUCGCUGCGUCGCGCCAGUCGACCGCCGUCCAGGCUGCAAAGUACCGCCCAACCGACGCGUCCGACAAUCCCACUUGCCCGCUCGCGUGCGCCAGCUUGCAACUACUCUACCCCCCAUCGCACCACCUACUCUACCUACCCCAUCAAUCAACCAACCAACUGCCCGCCCGCGCAUCAUGUCCGAACAACCCUCAUCCCCCGCCCCCGACGAUGCCCCGCGCACCACGCGCCGCAAGUCCGGACGCGUCACGCGCAAGCCCGAAACCAUCUACACCUCGAGCGCGACGGCGACCGGCGGCGCGAAGCGCAAACGCGGCGCCGAGCCCGACGACAACGCCGACGAGGGCGCGUCCGACGAUGACGACGAGAGCGACGACGAGAGCACCGAGGGCGAACCCGACGAGGAAGAGCUGCGCGAGAGGCGCCGCAGGCGUCGGCAACAGCAGCGCAAGACGCCGCAGAAGAAACCCGCGGCUAAGAAGAGCAAGACCAAUGGCGAGGCCUUGAGCCUGGCUAUCCGACCCGCCGCCAAGUCGAAGAAGGCCAGAAAGCCGCGGCCCAGCAAGAUCGCCGCGGCCGAGGACCAGGGCGGUCUUUACGCUGAGGUAUUUGCCGGCGAGGAAGACUUGGCUGAGGUUGCUGCGAGAUGGCUGGCACGCUUCAAAGGGAGCGACGGGACGGAGAGCGCCGAGUCGAAGAAUCUCAUGGACUUGGUCAAUUUUGUACUAAAAUGUGCCGGAUGCGAGUUCGAGGUGGAUGUCCACGACAUUGAAGACCCAGACAGCUGCCCAAACAAGCUCACAGACUUGCAAGAGGAGUAUCAAGCACAAAACAUCACCGAGUACCCUCUAAUAUCCAAAGGCAAAGGCACCGCCAAUUUCAGACACAACCUCGUCACCUUCUUCGAUUGCCUCAUUAGGACCAUUGCGGAAACGGAGGACCUCUUCGAGAGCGCCCCGCUCGUUGAGAACAUCGAAACCUGGGUCAGCACCAUGUCCUCGGCCGCAAAUCGCCCGUUCCGCCACACCGCAACGGUUAUAUCCCUAGCCAUUACGAGCGCGCUGUGCAGUGUCGGGAAGAAUCUCGCGGACACCAACGCGAGGUUCUUGCGCCAAAGCGAAACGGAGGCGAAGAAGAAGCAGGCCAACAAGUCAAGAGUGGCGGAGUUGGAGAAAAAGGUCAAAAAGGCCGGCCAGCGGCAGGAGAAGCUGGAUAACAUGAUCAAGGACUGGUUUGACAUGGUGUUUGUCCACCGCUAUCGCGACGUUGACCCGCGCAUCAGGGCAGACUGCGUGCAGUCGCUGGUGGACUGGAUCAUUACGUAUCCCGACGUGUUUCUCGACGGCAACCACUUGCGAUAUCUCGGCUGGGUGCUGUCGGACCCUGCCGCACCUACGCGAUUGGAAGUGGUCAAGCAGUUGCAGAAACUGUACAAGGACCAUGACAAGCUCGGUGGUCUGAAAACGUUCACCGAGCGGUUCCGGAGCAGGAUCGUUGAGAUGGCUACGCAGGAUGCGGAAGCGAGCGUCCGCGCGGCAUCCGUCGAAUUGCUGGACAUUUGCCGCGACGCGGGUCUUCUAGAGCCCGAUGACAUUGACUCUGUUGGAAGGCUCAUUUUCGAUGCUGAACCUCGCGUGCGCAAGGCCGUGGUUCCGUUCUUCGCGGAGACGGUUAACGAAGUCUACAUGGGCAGGAUUGAAGAGCUCGGCGGCCUAGAGUCACUCGAAGAGUCACUAGCAUCUCACGAGGGCGAUGACUAUGAAGGACCGAGGAUCCAAUGGCUCAAACAUAAGUGCCUGGUCGAAAUUCUGCAGAGCUACGACGAUCAGGAUGAGGAUCUACCGAACCAGAUCGAGCGAGGUCCAGGCGUGAACAACUACGUGCUCGUCGCGGCGGGGCUUGAGUCUCGGUUCUCAGUCGCUGCUCAGGCAUUGUACGACGCGAUCCCAGAAAUCAAAGAGUGGGAGGUUUUGGCAGGCUACCUGCUUUUCGACCACUCGCAGUCCUCGAGCGGGGCAAACCGCAACGGCACUUCCGACGACCCCGAGACGGCGCUCAAGCAGGAUUGCAAGCUCAACGAGAAGGAAGAGGUUGUCUUGCUCGAUAUUCUUAACGCUGCGGUCAAGCUGCGCCUCACGCAUACCGUUGAAACGGGCAAAACCGCGAAGCAUAAAAAGACCAAGGCCCAGGUGGAAGAGCAAGAAGAAAUACAGGAGACGGCUGCCCGCCAUCUGGCUGCUUUGAUACCGCGCCUGUUGAACAAGUUUGGCGCCGUUCCGGACGCCGCAUCGGCAGUCUUGCGCCUCGAGCACGUUCUCAACCUUGAUGUCUUCGAGGAGCUGCGCCAAGACUCCACUACGUACUCUGCUCUCUUGGAUGACAUCAACAAGCAGUUCCUGACACACGGCAGCGAAGCCGUUCUCGUCGAGGCCAGCCGCGCCCUCCUGCACGCCAAAAGCUACGAGGAACUCGGCGAGAUCACAGAAGGCAAGAUGCAAGCGCUCUGGGACGACACGGUCAACGCGCUGCACGCGCUCAAAAAGGGCAAGGGGCUCACCGCGCGCGGCAACCUCAGCGAAAACGUCCUCACGGCCAUGUCCAACACGGUGCUGCGCAUCUCGAAGCUGGCCAGCAUAUCGGACUGCACGGAAGCGCUGGAAAAGGCGCCGCCAGCGCCGACCGGGCGACAGCGGGGCCGCGCAUCGGCGUCGCACCAGCCGAACGUCCUCGCCGUGGACAUACUGACGGAGCUGGUGGCGCGCGGCGUGCCGCACGCCGACACGGAGCCCGAGCUCGAGGCGCUCGAGGACGCGGUCGUGGGCAAUGCGGCGCGCGCCCUGCUCUUCUACUUCAUGUGGAAGGUGCGCGCGUGGGAGAGCGCCAUCGCGUCGCACGCCGGCAUCGCGGACGACGACGUCGAGGCCGUGGCUCUGCGCCGCGACGCCUUUGUCGCGGGGCUCGAGGCUGUGCUGCGCGCGAGACAUGGCGCCGAGGAGCUGCGCGUCGCGGUCGCGGGCGCGCUGCUCGACCUCAGCGUCCUGUUUACGACGCUGCGGCAGGCGAAGCCGCGGAGCAACAAUAACAACAACAACGCUGCUGCUGCCGGUGCGGCCGACAUGAGCGAAGACUACAUGGCGCUAGUCAUGGAAGUCGAGCCCGCAACACAGGGCAUGCUGCUGCAAGUCCUCGGCGCAGCAGAAACGCUGUACGCGAAGAAGUCGCGGCGACGACUGCGCGACGCUGCGGCCGUGGGCGUGACGGACGAGCCCAUCGACGUAGACGAGGACCCGGUAUCCUCGUCCUCAGACGACGAAGAGGGCGGCGCCGACGAUGUGGACGAGGCGGAUGUCCUGCGGCAGCAGGAGGCGCUGCUAGCGGAGCAGCGGCUUUGCGAACUCGCGGGCAAGCUGGUGCUGGCUGUUGUGGCGGGGGUGGUGGACGCUGAUGUUGAUGUUUCGGGAGAGGGGGAGGGUGCGGGUGAUGAAGAGGGCGAGGCGGCGGAGAGAGUGGGCAAGGUCCGCAGGCGCCUCGAGAGGAAUAAAUCCCGCUUGGGCCCGAACUACAGAGAGGUGGUGGGGUAUUUGACCUCCGGUGCUAGCGAAGGCAAGAAAGGCCGCAGGGGGAAGAGCAGGGGCCCUGCCGCUGCGAACACUACUACUGGUGGUGGUGCUGCGGGUGCGGGUGCCAGGGGCAAGCACGCGAAGAGCGAGGCGCUGGUACUUGAGGAGGACGAUAUUGAGGAUGAUGAACAGGAGGUGGAAGCUCAUGAGGAGGGGGAGCAUGAACAUGAAGGGGACGACGACGAAGGGGCGAGGCGCCGGGAGUUGGUGGUUGAGGAGGACGAGGUCGUGGAUGCGGAUGUGGAUGCGGAUGCUGAAAUGAGGGAUCAGGAAGCGGACGAGGAGAGCGUGCUGGGUGAUUAGCUGGGCGAUUAGCUGGGCUGCGCUGCGCGAGUGGGUGGGUGUCUGUGGAUGUGGGCGGCGUGGUGUGGUGCGGUUUGUUUGUUUGCUUUGCUUUGCUUUGCUGGCUGGGUUUGAGGGCGCGUUGUGGGCUGCGGAUGCGGAUGCGGCUGCGUUUUACUGUGUGGCAGUGUGUGUGCUGAUAGUCGUGGUCGUGGUCGUAGUACGGAGCAGUAGCAGUAGGUUAGUUGGGUGGGCUAGUCUAGUCUACCCGUUGCUUGUAGGUAGUGACGUACGUUACUUAUAU